UUUAAUACCGGAGGAACUAUUCUGAGGAGCUCUUUUAGAGUUUCUAGGUCACCAUGAAAAGCCUGGAUUUGUUCUUUAUGGCAUGUUGCUUGUGCAGUCUAUGCGCAGUAGUAGGUGCCACAGAGAUAGAGCAGGGUCUGAUCAAGGAUCUCUUUUCCAACUACAACCUCAAAGUUCUUCCUGCAUCCCGGCCCAACGAAAGGGUGGUGGUCCGUGUGGGCAUGAUCCUAUCCUCCUUUGUUGGAUUUAAUAUGAAAAAUGAAGAAAUGAGCACAGUUGUUGUGAUGAAUUUGGAGUGGACGGAUGUUAGAUUGUCAUGGAAACCCAAGCAGUAUAGUGGUAUCGAAGUGUUGCGUAUUCCAUCUGGGAAGGUUUGGCUUCCUGACAUUGUCCUCAUCAAUAAUAAUGAUGGAGUGUUUGAUGUGGCCCUCCAUGUACAUGUCCAGGUCUACAGUAAUGGCAGGGUGACCUGGACCCCCCCUGCCCUUUUCUGCAGCUCCUGUGGGGUUAAGGUGACUUAUUUCCCCUUCGACUGGCAGAAUUGCACCAUGCAGUUCCGCUCCUACACCUACGACUCGACUGAGAUUGACCUGCAGUACGCGCUGGACUCCAGAGGAAACGAGAUCCGCGAGAUCCAACUGGACGAAGCCUUCACUGAAAGUGGCGACUGGUACAUCAGACACAAGCCCAGCAGGAAGAACAUGAACGAUGACCUGUACGAGGACAUGACUUUCUACCUGAUAAUAGAGAGGAAACCUCUGUACUACGUAUUCAACAUCAUCAUUCCCUGUAUUCUCAUCACUAUCAUCGCCAUCUUUAAUUUCUACCUGCCCCCCGACGCAGGAGAGAAGAUGGGCCUCUCAAUUAACGUUCUGCUCACCCUUACUGUGUUCCUCCUGCUGCUGGCCGACAAGGUUCCUGAGACUUCGCUGGGCGUGCCCAUCAUCGUCAACUACAUCAUGUUCACUAUGAUCCUGGUCACCUUCUCUGUCAUCCUCAGCGUGGUGGUCCUCAACCUUCACCACCGCUCCCCUAACACACAUAGCAUGCCCCUCUGGGUCCGCAAGAUCUUCAUCCACACCCUACCUCCCUAUCUGGGCAUGCUGCGGCCCAAAGUGGAGACCCCUCUGUCACUGGAAAGCCCACCCCGCCGGGAGAAGAACGUGGCAAUCAGCCGAGCCUCAGACGAGUACUUCAUCCGCAAACCCAGCACCUCCAUCCUGUUCCCCAAGCCGAACAGGUUCCAGCCAGAGGGUAUGGUUACAGACCUGAGAAAAUAUAUUGAUGGUCCCAGUAGCUACCUGACCCUGCCAGAGGACCUCAAGUCGGCCAUCGACGCCAUCACAUAUAUCGCCGAGGCCUUACAGGCUGAGAAGGAUUAUGAAGCUCUGAAGGAGGACUGGCAGUACGUGGCCAUGGUAGUAGAUCGCAUGUUCCUCUGGAUCUUCAUCGUCUUCACCACCGUCGGCACCCUGGCCAUCUUCGCGGACGCCAGCUUCAACAUCACACCCACCGACCCCUUCAAGUCCUCCUGA